GAGGGAGGGGGGAUUGUUUCCAAACUGGGACGUCCCACUGGAAAUGUCUUCUGUGAGAAGUGGCAGGAGUGUUAGAUUGUCCCGGGCCGCGCACACAGCUGACUUCUCUCCUGGUUUCCCUGCUCUGCAAAGCUCAAGACUUUGAAGAUGAGGGUGUGGAUUGUCUUCCUCCUGUGUCUGGCUGGCCACGCCAUGGCUGCUCCCGCUGAGGAGGAGCUGGUCGUGGAAGAACUAGUCACUGAGGAGCCAGUCGUUGAGGUCAGUCCAGAUGAGACCGAGGUGGGGGCCAACCCUGUGCAGGUGGAGGUUGGAGAGUUUGACGAGGCCAUUGAGGUUGUCGAAGAUACCGUUGCUGAGAAUCCCUGCGUGAACUACCACUGCAAGAAGGGCAAGGUUUGCGAGGUCGACGAGGACAACACCCCCAUGUGUGUUUGCCAGGACCCCUCCACCUGCCCCCCUGCUGAUGGAGAGUUUGAGCACAUUUGCGGCACUGACAACAAGACCUACGACACCUCUUGCCACUUCUUUGCCACCAAGUGCACCCUGGAGGGAACCAAGAAGGGCCACAAGCUGCACCUGGACUACAUCGGAGCCUGCAAACACAUCGAGGACUGCCUGGACAGCGAGCUGAACGAGUUCCCCCUGCGUAUGAGGGACUGGCUGAAGAACGUCAUGGUGACUCUGUACGAGCGCGACGAGGACAACAACCUGCUGACCGAGAAGCAGAAGCUCAGGGUGAAGAAGAUCUACGAGAACGAGAAGAGGCUGCAGGCCGGCGAGCACUCUCUGGACCUGCUGGCUCACGACUUCGAGAAGAACUACAACAUGUACAUCUUCCCCGUCCACUGGCAGUUCGGCCAGCUCGACCAGCACCCAGUCGACGGGUAUCUGACCCACACGGAGCUCGCCCCCCUGCGUGCUCCUCUCAUUCCCAUGGAGCAUUGCACCACUCGCUUCUUCGAGGAGUGCGACUCCGACGGCGACAAAUACAUCGCCCUGGAGGAGUGGGCCACCUGCUUCGGCAUCAAGGAGCAGGAUGUGGACAAAGACCUCAUCAUCUAAGCUCGUCUGACCAGCAGCAGUACGACAAACUCUUAGUCGCUACUAACGGGACAAGGUGCUGAUCCCUAAGUUAAAACAGGAAAGAAACAAAAUUACAGUAACGGUGCUAAUUGCAAAUUAUUUUUUAUUGUUUUUUUUUUUUUUUUUUUUAAAUAAUGAUCUUUUCCUACCUAUACCACUAAAAAAAAACAAAACACACACUAACAUCCUAAAUUACUUCUCCAGUAAAGAAAAACUUAAAGAUGUAAAUGUCUGUGAUACAUAUAUAUGCUGUCAUGUGUUCAGGGUUUUAAUUGGAGAUCGAUUUGACAAAGACUUAAAAGUGUAAAGUCAAAAAUAAAGUUUCUAAAUAAA